CCAAAGUGCUGGGAUUACAGGCGUGAGCCACCACGCCCAGCGGGUCUUCCGUUUUUCUCUGAUGCAUACACUCUUUUAGCCUUCUGUUAUUUUCUCCAUAGAGGGCUACAGGGUACUUUUAAUCCUAAGGGUGCAUUUGAUUACAACAAGUUUAUUUGUUUCUCUUAAAUGGAAGUACUUGGCCAACUCCUCUUUGUAUGUGGGAGGUCUCCAGGCAACUGUGAACAACUUUUAAAGGCUGCUAAGAGGUCAAGAAGUAUUUCGCUGAGUCUUGUUCUGUCGCUUUAAAAACAGACUUCUUUGUCUUGCUUGGGCUUUAAAAGUAUGUUUCUUCCUUGGCUCUGUCUUAGGCUUUCUGCUGCUGCUUUGGAGGGAUCACCCACCCUCCUUAUUUUAUCCUACAGCCCUCUCCCUGAUACAUAGUUAGAUUCUAGUCUAUUAUUUUGCAUGCAGGGCCAUUCUACGUAAGCAUUCUACCCUGUGCCAUGUGCGAGUGCCAUGUGUUUGAAAGGGAAUCCCAUCAUCCUCAUUUUUCUGUGUCCCCAUUGCCUGUUAGAAUUCUGAACUCUCAGAUGUAAUCUCACAGUCACCUGUAACUCUUUCCUUAAACCACAGAGUGUCAAUAAACGGUAACUUUUCUUCAUCAAUAAAUGUCAGUAAAGGGUAACUUCCUUCCUCACUUAGAUCUAAGUGAUCACCAAGUCUUGUCAGUUACUUGUUUGAUUUUUCUCUACCUCUUCUUUCUUGAUUCCUAAAUUAACACCUUCUAUUUCUCACCUCCAAUUCAUACUGAAAUCUGUCUUCCUCUGCCUGCCAGACUCAUCUUGCUCAUUUUUUCUCUAUAAAAUGGGAAUAACUGUACCUGUGUCACAGGGCCAUUGUGAGAAUUAGACAUAUGUAAUGUAAAGUGUUUAUUGUAUUGCCUGGCACAAAGUAAGUAUUCAGCAAAUGGUAGCAUACUCUGCUUCUUACCUCCUGCUAAAUUUGAUUAUCUUUCACUCCACCUGUGUCCAUACCUUGGCACUAGCAAAGUAUAUAGCCAAAAAUAUGGGACAUGGAACCCUUGAUUUGAGCCUUAGUUUGAACCUCCAGAUUCCUGCUUACCAUUUAUUCUCUUUCGGGAAGAUAGGUCAGUUUAGUUACUGACUUAUAAGGUUUUUAGGAGUUCAGAAUGAGAUAAAGUAUGUAGAGAGAAUGCUGCCUUCACAGGCAGUCAUGAUGCAGAUGCUUCUUGUUUUUGUUCUUAAAACCUGUAGUCUAACCUAUUUGGUGUAAGGAGUUUGAAGCAAGUAUGAUGAGUUUUUACUUUUUUUUUUUUUUUUUUUGGCAGGUUAAACCCAUCCAGAGUAAUGGCUGCGGCCUUACCCAGGACCCUGGGGGAGUUGCAGCUGUAUAGAAUAUUACAAAAAGCCAAUCUGCUUUCUUAUUUUGAUGCCUUUAUCCAACAAGGUGGUGAUGAUGUCCAGCAACUCUGUGAAGCAGGAGAAGAGGAGUUUUUGGAAAUCAUGGCACUCGUGGGCAUGGCUAGCAAGCCCCUUCAUGUUAGAAGGCUGCAGAAGGCUUUGAGAGACUGGGUCACAAACCCUGGGCUUUUCAAUCAGCCACUGACUUCCCUUCCUGUCAGUAGCAUACCCAUCUAUAAAUUACCAGAGGGAUCACCAACAUGGCUGGGAAUAUCCUGCAGUAGUUAUGAAAGGAGUAGCAAUGCCCGGGAACCUCAUUUAAAAAUCCCCAAAUGUGCUGCCACCACCUGUGUGCAGAGCUUGGGACAGGGGAAGUCAGAUGUGGUCGGGAGCCUAGCACUGCAGAGUGUUGGUGAGUCCAGACUCUGGCAAGGCCACCAUGCCACUGAGAGUGAGCACAGCCUAUCCCCAGCAGACCUGGGGUCCCCCGCGUCCCCAAAGGAGAGCAGCGAGGCACUGGAUGCUGCUGCUGCGCUCUCUGUGGCCGAGUGUGUGGAGCGGAUGGCCCCCACAUUGCCAAAAAGUGACUUGAACGAAGUGAAAGAGCUGCUAAAAACCAACAAGAAGUUGGCCAAAAUGAUUGGUCACAUCUUUGAGAUGAACGAUGAUGAUCCACACAAAGAGGAGGAAAUUCGGAAAUACAGUGCAAUAUAUGGCAGAUUUGACUCAAAGAGGAAGGAUGGGAAACAUCUCACGCUUCAUGAGCUCACUGUUAAUGAAGCGGCUGCUCAACUCUGUGUGAAGGAUAAUGCCCUGCUGACAAGAAGAGAUGAGCUUUUUGCCUUGGCUCGACAGAUUUCUCGAGAAGUCACCUAUAAAUAUACUUACAGAACCACCAAGUCAAAAUGUGGAGAAAGAGAUGAAUUAUCCCCAAAGAGAAUUAAAGUGGAGGAUGGGUUUCCAGAUUUCCAGGAUUCUGUGCAAACGCUCUUCCAGCAGGCUAGAGCUAAGAGUGAAGAACUUGCAGCUCUUAGUUCACAGCAGCCUGAAAAGGUGAUGGCAAAGCAGAUGGAGUUCCUUUGCAACCAAGCUGGCUAUGAGAGACUGCAGCAUGCCGAGAGGAGGUUGUCUGCAGGGCUUUACAGGCAGAGCUCAGAAGAGCACAGUCCUAACGGCUUGACUUCUGAUAACUCAGAUGGACAAGGAGAAAGACCUUUGAAUCUCCGAAUGCCUAAUUUACAGAACAGACAACCCCAUCAUUUUGUGGUGGAUGGGGAGCUGAGCAGACUUUACCCCAGUGAGGCAAAGUCCCACUCAUCAGAGAGCCUUGGGAUUUUGAAAGACUACCCUCAUUCAGCUUUUACCUUAGAAAAGAAAGUCAUCAAAACAGAGCCUGAAGAUUCAAGAUAGCUGUGAUUUCUCUCACCGUUCUCUGGAAAUGGCAUCAGAUUUAAGGAUAAUACUCCAUCAUAGAAAUAAGCCUUAAUAACCAGUGUUGCCUCAUUCAGCUCAAACAGAUUUCAUAGCCAAAGCAAAAGGACUGGUACGGUAGUCUGCGGAAACCAGGAAGAUAAAACAACAGCCACAAAAGAGAAAAUCAAGAGUGUUGCAAUCUAUAACAGAAAUAUUGAUUCAUUCACAUUCCUGUGUUAAGUCAUUUUAUAUGGAAAGGCUUACAAAUCAAUAUUGUAAGCAUUCAUUAUUUAAGAAUGUACAAUGUAUUUGUGUAAUUUAUAGAAGUAAAAUCUAGAUGUUGAGACCUGUUUGGUCUAAUAGAUGUGGAUACAGUUUAUUUUACUUGAAAUUUUGUUGUCUACUUUGUGUGUUAAACGUAAAUAUAUGUCAGAGUUUAGAAUCUUUGCCUGCAGUUGUGAAAAAGAAAGCUUAAGUGAUGUAGUUAUUGGCAAGAUUGCAAUGAUUAUGGAAAACUAGAAAGCAAAUACUCAGUUUAAGCCAAGGAAAAUAUUGUGGAUUUAAUAUUUGAUAAAACUGAUUUUGUUUAACAGGAAAUUUUUAGCAUUCACUCAUAUAACAUCUGGUUAUCAAUGCACGUUUACACAAUAAAUACUUGAGUGGAGGAAAGUUAAAAAGAUGAGCAAUAGAGUAGAAUAUAUAUCUUAAACUAGUUGACCUAGAUUGUAUUAAUAGCUACUUAAGAUGUUUCAAAGAUAGGAAGCUAUUGCUUGGACAGAGAACUUGAAAUAAGUGGACCCAUGUAUAAAAGCUUUGACUUAAACAUUGAUAUUUCAGAAUGUGUUAAAUAGAUUAAGACAUAGUAAGUUAACCCUACAUGUUAUAAAGAUGGCGACUGUUAACAAAGGCUGUAACAGAUUAAGUACUAUUUUAUAUCCAGAAAGUCUUCUCUAUGUAGAGAAGUCAGACUAGAUGCUUUCACUAGGGAAUGUCUUCCCACCCAGCCAUCACAAGUGUGGACAAUCACUGCAUCCACAUCUGUAGGCAUAUUUCUAUGGAAGUUUAGGUGACAGCUAUAUUCAGUAUUUAUUUUACGAUUUCAUUUUUCUACACCUUUGAGAUUUAUGAAUGCAGUUUUUUCUUAAAAUUUAUUUUAACUUGACAGUAUGUUUUUAGUUCCCCAAAUUUAAUUAAUGGACCAUGUGCAUAUAUAUGGGAGUGUGCUUACAUGUUAAUAAUGUACUUGCAUACUUAUGAGAAUUUCACAUUGGAAUUCAUAAUGGUAAAAAAAAUACAUCUGCCAAUAUACGUUUUUUUCUGUUGGUUUAAGAGAAGAUAACUGACAGCUUUACCUACUUCCUACAAAUGCAUCUAAACCCAGAUAUUACUGAGAAGAGUGUAUUGACUCGAGUGUAAGAGAGUAUGUGUUUGUUUUUAGUUCUGCUCUAGAUCAUAACUGUAAAAAAUAUUAAGUCAUAAUCUGUUACACUAAAAUUUGUCAGCCAAAUGUUAGAUGAAAUGUCUGCACUGUAGUCUCAGAUCACUGUCACGUAUAUAAAUUGCUUCUUCAUUUUAAUUUGUAGAAGUACUUUACAGUAGGAAACACCAGUAAACAACUUUUAUACUGUUAAAAGGCUUUUUUCCCCUUCCUAAAUGUUUUAAUUGUACCAUAGUGUUCUGCUCACUGAAGAAGCUUCUUAUGGACCUUGCAACUUUGUUGCUAGCUUGAGGUUGAUUAUUGUGGUUGUAUUGUUCACUGUGUGUAGAAAUAGUAUGAGUACGAUUUCAAUAGACUGUUCAGUUUUUAAUAUUAGCCAUAGCACUGGUUAGUAUCUCAGUAGUUUCAUGAAACGUUUCCUGUAUUCUAAUCUAUUUUGAAACAUUUUUUUUUAAAUUGUGUCUUACAGUCAAGUUUGUAGAUUUUCAUAAGCCACAAUUUUAAAAGAUGCAGUAAUCUUCCAACUUCCAAUAUUUAUCCAUUCGUUGUGGACCCACAAAUUGCAUCUUUAAAUUCAUAAUAAGUUUCCUUAACUAUCUUAUGUUUCUAGUCUUUCAAGCUUAGUGAUAAGGUGGAAGCACAAGAAAAAUUUCAGUAGAAUACAGUUUUUAUUUUGUAAACACUAAUGUAUUAAACUUGCUAUACAUUAAAGCAAAUAAUAUAUAUUUUUAUUUGAAUUGUAUAUGUGAAUUGGAAGUUAUAACUAGUUGAUUUUUUCAUUUUGUUAGAGGUAUUUUCACUGAACAAGGUCAAUUGGUUACCUCAGUAUUACAGCCAAUAUAGUCCAAGGGACCAUUUCUCCCUGAGUCUCUUACACUUUAUUGUGCGAUGUCCACGUUUUUGUGACUCUUCAAGCUGUUGGUGAGGUGGGACGAAUGCACUUGCUUCCUGUGGCAAUAAAGAUUUUCUGUGCCUCACA